AUGACUGGCGUGUCUCAAGGCGGCUCCACGAAGCCCAAGUCUGCGAAAGGGCAGACCCAACAUGUCACCUAUAUCAAGCGACACCCCUCUUUCACGCGAGAAGAGUUCUGGAAGUACUGGCAGACUGAGCAUGCACCAAGAGUUGCCCCUUUGGCCGCCCAUUUCAAUAUCAGCCGCUACCAGCAGAUCCAAGUCGGAGGCAAGAUCCUGCCAACCGACGCCGGGGCUGACGGUCCAUCUUCUACUGAGCUCGUUGAUUUUGAUGGCAUCGCGAUGUUCCUCUAUGAGUCGCCCGAGGCUCUGAUCGCCAUGCUUUCCCACCCUUACUAUGUUAAUGUUGUAGCCGUUGACGAGGCUCGUUUCAUCGAUAAGAGCGCUCCGGGAAAUGGCUUUGUUGCUAUGUUCGUCGGUACAAACAUCGAAGUUGUGGACAGAGCCGAGGAUGUGUGGGUUGGUGACCAGGAGCAACGCGAGAAGUUCCAGAAGCUCUUCAACUCCUAUCUGUAG